GGCUGCAACCAAUCCGAGAGGAGAUGCGCGGAAAGUUUGCUCAAUGGGCGAUGUCUCAGGGAUGCUGUCACUCAGGUGGCGGUGGCAGAGGCCGGACUAAGACGUGGCCGGGGAAACGCGGCUGGCUGUUCAGGCUGGCCGGUUGGCGGUGGAGCUCUUAGCGCGUCCUUGUCUUGGUUGGGGGCUCCGAGCGGCGGGAGAGGCGGGCCGCGGCAGCUGCACCUCCAUGCCCGCGCGUGGGGCGGGCCGCUGAUGGAGCGCACCACUGGCCCGGGGCGGCUCGCGCGGGCGCUGCUGCUGCUGCUGGGGCUCGCGGUGGGGACGGUGGCCACGGGGCGCGCCCCCGACCUCCCCGCGCCCACGGCGGAGACGGCGUUCGGCCUGGGGGCCGCGGCCGCUCCCACGUCGGCCGCGCGGGUGCCGACGGCGGGGUCCGUGGCUGUGGCUGAGGUGACGGUGGAGGACGCCGAGGCGCUGCCGGCGGCCGCUGGCGAGCCAGAGCCGAGGGAGCCGGAACCCGACGAAGAGGCCGAGCUGCGGUCGCGCGGCAGGUCAUUGGUGAUCAUCAGCACUUUAGAUGGGCGAAUUGCUGCCUUGGAUCCUGAAAAUCAUGGGAAAAAGCAGUGGGAUUUGGAUGUGGGAUCCGGUUCCUUGGUUUCAUCCAGCCUCAGUAAGCCAGAGGUAUUUGGGAAUAAGAUGAUCAUUCCUUCCCUGGAUGGAGACCUCUUCCAGUGGGACCGAGACCGCGAGAGCAUGGAAACAGUUCCUUUUACAGUUGAAUCACUUCUUGAAUCUUCUUAUAAAUUUGGAGAUGAUGUUGUUUUGGUUGGAGGAAAGUCUCUCACUACAUAUGGACUCAGUGCAUAUAGUGGAAAGGUGAAGUACAUCUGUUCAGCUUUGGGCUGUCGCCAGUGGGAUAAUGAUGAAAUGGAACAGGAAGACAUCCUGCUCUUGCAACGCACACAGAAAACCGUUAGAGCCGUGGGACCUCGUAGUGGCAAUGAGAAGUGGAAUUUCAGUGUUGGCCACUUUGAACUUCGAUAUAUUCCAGACAUGGAAACUAGAGCUGGAUUUAUUGAAAGCACCUUAAAACCCAGUGGGAGCAGAGAAGAGUCUAAAAUCAUUUCAGAUGUGGAAGAACAGGAAGCUGCCAUGAUGGACACGGUGAUAAAGGUCUCCGUUGCUGACUGGAAGGUUAUGGCAUUUAGUAAGAAGGGAGGAAACCUGGAAUGGGAAUACCAGUUUUGUACUCCCAUUGCAUCUGCCUGGUUGGUUAAGGAUGGCAAAGUCAUUCCCAUCAGUCUUUUUGAUGAUACAAGUUAUACAUCUAAUGAUGAAGUUUUAGAAGAUGAAGAAGACAUUGUAGAAGCUGCCCGAGGAGCCACAGAAAACAGUGUUUACUUGGGAAUGUACAGAGGCCAGCUAUAUCUGCAAUCAUCAGUCAGAAUUUCAGAAAAGUUCCCUACAAGUCCCAAGGCCUUGGAAUCUGUCAAUAAUGAAAAUGCAAUUAUUCCUUUGCCAACAAUCAAAUGGAAACCUUUAAUUCAUUCUCCUUCCAGAACGCCUGUCUUGGUAGGGUCUGAUGAGUUCGACAAAUGUCUUAGUAAUGAUAAGUUUUCUCAUGAAGAGUACAGUAAUGGUGCACUUUCAGUCUUGCAGUAUCCGUAUGAUAAUGGUUAUUACCUACCAUACUACAAGAGGGAACGGAGCAAACGGAGCACACAGAUCACAGUCAGAUUCCUUGACAACCCCAAUUACAAGAAUAUCCGCAAAAAGGAUCCUGUUCUCCUCUUACAUUGGUGGAAAGAAAUAGUUGGAACUAUUCUGUUUUGUAUCAUAGCAACAACUUUUAUUGUACACAGACUCUUCCAUCCUCAUCCUCACAGACAGAGGAAGGAAUCUGAAACUCAGUGUCAAACUGAAAAUAAAUAUGAUUCUGUAAGUGGAGAAUCUAAUGACAAUAGUUGGAAUGACAUCAAAAAUUCUAGUUACAUAUCACGAUACCUAACAGACUUUGAACCAGUUCAGUGCAUGGGUCGUGGCGGGUUUGGAGUUGUCUUUGAAGCCAGGAACAAGGUAGAUGACUGCAAUUAUGCCAUCAAGAGAAUCCGCCUCCCUAACAGGGAAUUGGCCCGGGAAAAGGUAAUGCGAGAAGUUAAAGCCUUAGCCAAGCUUGAACACCCAGGAAUUGUCAGAUACUUCAAUGCUUGGUUGGAAACACCACCAGAGAAGUGGCAAGAAAAAAUGGAUGAAAUUUGGCUGAAAGAUGAAAGCACAGACUGGCCACUCAGCUCUCCUAGUCCAAUGGAUGCGCCAUCAGUUAAAAUACGCAGAAUGGAUCCUUUCUCCACAAAGGAGCAUAUAGAAAUCAUAGCUCCUUCGCCAAAAAGGGGCAGGUCUUUUUCAGUAGGGAUUUCCUGUGGCCAGACAAGUUCAUCCGAGAGCCAGUUCUCCCCACUGGAAUUUUCAGGAAUGGACCACGGAGACAGCGAGUCAGUGAAUGCUGUGUACAACCUCCAAGACAGUUGCCUGACAGACUAUGAUGUGGAAGAUGGUACUAUGGAUCACAAUGAUGAGGGGCACUCCUUUGAACUUUGUCCUUCUGAAGCAUCUUCCUCUGUAAGGUCAAGGGAGAGAACAUCCUCUUCUAUAGUGUUUGAAGAUUCUGGCUGCGAUAAUGCAUCCAGUAAAGAAGAGCUCAAAACGAACCGGCUGCAUAUUGGCAACCAUUAUGCUAAUAAGCUAACUUCUUUGGAGCACUCCAGUAGCAAAUCUUCUUCUGAACCUACUUUGUCUGUUUCUCCUCCAAGACCUACCACUCUAAGUUUAGAUCUCACUAAAAACCCUGUGGACAAACUGCAGCCCAGUUCACCCAAGGUGUAUCUUUACAUUCAGAUGCAGCUGUGCAGGAAGGAGAACCUCAAAGACUGGAUGAACAGCCGGUGCACCAUAGAGGAGAGGGAGAGGGGCAUGUGUCUGCACAUCUUCCUGCAGAUCGCAGAGGCAGUGGAGUUUCUGCACAAUAAAGGGCUCAUGCACAGGGACCUGAAGCCUUCCAACAUAUUCUUUACAAUGGAUGAUGUGGUGAAGGUUGGAGACUUUGGAUUAGUGACUGCAAUGGACCAGGAUGAAGAAGAGCCCAUGGUUCUGACCCCGAUGCCAGCAUAUGCCAGACACACAGGACAAGUGGGGACCAAACUGUAUAUGAGCCCAGAGCAGUGUGAGCAUGUGGCCCUGGAGGAUACAAUUACCAUACAGUUUGGUGCAGCUGCCUUGAUUCAUGCUAAAUUUCCAGCCGUGCAAAUGGCAACACAGUGAAAAGCAAAUCAUGUCUUCGUUUUAUUAUGAAAAUAAUCUUGACCUUGCAGACUGAAAGGAUGUUGGGUUCCCCAGGGAUACAUAGGCCACAGUUUGAUUAGAUUAUCUUUAGAAUAUUAUAUCGGAGACCAGUUGUGGGAUUGCCUUUGAAGAGGACUUUAUUUUACUGUUGUACAAUGCCCUUUCAUACUUUCUGAGUUUUUGUAUUAUUCAAGUGUUCCUUUUACUUGUUUGAAAUUUUCCUUUUUUAUAUAAUUAAAAACAUUUUUUAAAGACCCUAUACUUAGACAUUGUGAAUUUCAAAGAUGAAGGAAAAAUGUUAUUAGUAUUUAGGUAGGAAGAAAAAGGGUUAUAGCUAAAUAACUCAUUUUCUGUAGCACAGAACCCGAGAAGAGCACAUAACCUAAUAAAGCAACAUGCACC